CUCGGUGUCAGCGGGUCGCGGGCCUGCGGGGCGGGGGCGGGGUGGGCGGCGAGGCUCGGCAGGCGCCGGAGGGACCGCGGUCCAGGUCCAGUACAAUGACUUCGUAGAAAGGCCGAGACCAGGUGGCAAGGGAGCCCGGCUACCGAAGGAUGAACGGCGAGGAGGAAUUCUUCGAUGCCGUCACAGGCUUUGAUUCUGAGAACUCUUCCGGGGAAUUUUCAGAGGCGGAUCAGAGAGUCGCUGGAGUGAUGCGCGUGGAUACGGGCAGAAGCAAUGGGAUUGGAAAGGUCGGGGAGAGGCCCCCUCAAGAGAAUGGGAUUCAGAAGCACAGGACAUCAUUGCCCGCCCCGAUGUUCACCAGAAGUGAUUUCAGUGUGUGGAGUAUUUUAAAGAAAUGCAUCGGCUUGGAGCUGUCCAAGAUCACCAUGCCCAUCGUCUUCAACGAGCCUCUGAGCUUCCUCCAGCGGAUCACAGAGUACAUGGAGCACGUGUUCCUCAUUCACAGAGCCUCCUGCCAGCCCCAGGCCCUAGAAAGGAUGCAGUGCGUGGCGGCCUUCGCGGUGUCCGCUGUGGCUUCCCAGUGGGAGAGGACCGGCAAGCCCUUCAACCCCCUCCUGGGAGAGACCUACGAGCUGAUCAGGGAAGAUUUAGGAUUCAGAUUCAUAUCUGAACAGGUCAGCCACCACCCCCCCGUUAGUGCAUUUUAUUCAGAAGGCCUCAAUCAGGACUUCCUGUUUCACGGCUCCAUCUACCCGAAGCUGAAGUUCUGGGGCAAGAGCGUGGAGGCCGAGCCCCGGGGCACCAUCACGCUGGAGCUGCUCAAACACAAUGAAGCCUACACCUGGACCAACCCCACCUGCUGUGUACAUAACGUGAUCAUCGGGAAGCUCUGGAUAGAGCAGUAUGGGACGGUGGAGAUUGUAAACCACAGAACUGGAGAUAAGUGUGUGCUUCAUUUUAAACCCUGUGGAUUGUUCGGGAAAGAACUUCACAAAGUGGAGGGGCACAUUCAAGACAAAAACAAAAAGAAGCUCUUUAUGAUCUAUGGAAAAUGGACAGAGUGUUUGUGGGGCAUAGACCCUGCUGCGUAUGAGUCCUUCAAGAAACGGGAGAGGAGAGGUGACCAGCUGAGCAAGGCACAGCCAGACAACGGCUCCCAGAAAGCUGAUGGCGACGUGCUGGACUCCGUGCCCGAGGUUCAGGAGACAGUGCAGGUCAUUCCCGGCAGCAAGCUACUCUGGAGGGUCAACACUCGGCCCCCCAACUCUGCCCAGAUGUACAAUUUCACCAGUUUCACCGUCAGCCUCAAUGAGCUGCAGAGUGGCAUGGAGAAGACCCUGGCCCCCACGGACUGCCGCCUGCGCCCCGACAUCCGCGGCAUGGAGAACGGCGACAUGGAUCUGGCGAGCCAGGAGAAGGAGCGGCUGGAGGAGAAGCAGAGGGAGGCCCGGAGGGAGCGAGCCAAACAGGAGGCUGAGUGGCAGACGAGGUGGUUCCACCAGGGCAGCAACCCGUACACGGGGACUCCCGACUGGUUGUACACAGGGGGUUACUUUGAGCGGAAUUUCUCACGCUGCCCGGAUAUCUACUGAGGGGCUGGAGUGGCCCUGGGCCCCGGGACCGGAGACUGGACUUCGUCAAGCGGCUGCUCAGAGCUCUGGUCGUGGCAGAAACCGACUUUUCCAACAACCAUGUUCGUGGCGACAGCACCAUCCCCGGUCGAGGAUUUUAUUCUAAUUAACUUUUGAUUGCCAAACAUUUUACUACUGUUGCAGCCUCUUCAUAAAGCUUCACUUGGGAUCAUCAUGUUCUCAUUAAGGGUGGAAAAGGAAAAUCCUUUGCAGUUCCUUCAUGUGACGGGACUUGGCUGGGCAUGUGUAGCUGACAGCACCCUCUUCCUUGUAAAGUUUAUAACUAAAGUCCGUGACCAGGAGGGGCUCCUUUAGUCAUAAAUCCCUCCAUAGUCCUCCUUGUAACGCAGGGGCGAAGGGUUUCUGAGACUGUUUAGAAUGUGAACUGAUAACAGGGGAAGAUGGAUCUUGAAAAAAGUCCUUUGAAGAGCUUUAUACAGGCCAGGAAUUAUGGUAAUACAGGAGUGAAGAUCUUCAAAGCAUCAGAUUGAUUGAAAUGAAAAGUUGUCAGAUUCUGUAUUUUUUACCAAUCUUCGAUAAUGUAAAGAUUACUUUUAAAAUAUUUAAGUUAAAACUACUUGAAUAGUAUUUUGCUGAAGAGCAAGAUAUGCAUUAAUCACCAAUUGUAUACUGUCCAGACCGAAGCAUUCCCAUGACACCCUGGGACAGCCGGAAACCUGGAGGGGUGCUGACUGAACCCCCUGGGCCACUCCCAGCCGUGAUGGGAGCCCCGCCUCUGGCCUUGUCCACACCCCUCGUCACCAGGGCGUCCUGGUCAGUGUGGGCCACGCCACGUCACAGAGUGUCACUGCCCCCAGUGUUUCAGCUGCGCCCACAGCGCUGCUGUGUCCCCAUCGUCCCAGCAUGCACAUUCAGAUGCAGGCGAGUCACAGCGGGUGUGCCCACGGGAGGGUCCACAGCAGCCUCUGCUCACAGCCCUGUAAUUAAAGUUAUUUAACAAAAAAUAGGUGUAUGUCCAUUUUAGCAAACAUCUGUUCAAGCGACUGUGGUCUUUCUGUAGAAAUGUCCACCACCACAGGAAGCAGCAGGGCUCUGAGCGGAAGGCCAUCCUCUGAACGCAUGCACACACUUGCACACUCAGGCACAUGCAGUCGUAUGUAGGGAGUGGCGGGUUUUCCGUGAGAGGGUGUCGUCACUGUGUGUCCAGGCUUCAACAUCACAUUUGUAAUUAAAACACUUUUAAAAGCGAA